UAUGGGUGUGUCUGUGGGCGGAGACAUGUCCACCCACUCUGCUGCUUCUCCCCUUUGCUUACUAUAUGAGGAGGCAACUUUGCGAUCCCUCAACAAGAUACAUUGAACCUUGUUUAGUGGUGUUGUUGAUCUCUGUCCGUGUGGAAUCUGCAGCUCUCUGAAGAAAGAGAUUCUCGGAUCUGAGCUCACUACUCCGAGGGGAAUUAUUUUUUUAAUUAAUCAUCGGUGGAGCCAGACCUCAGCAUGCCUCGAUCAUUCCUUGUCAAGAAGUAUUUUUUCAACAAGAAUAAGCCAUACUACAGGGAGAGCCUGCUGGAGAGCCAAACUGCUUUUAUCCCAGAAAGCUUUCCAAGGGCUGAACUCCCAACGCAGAACAACAGCUCUGCCCUGACCUGCUACCCCACCAUCCCAUUCUUCAGAAGCUUGGACACCCUGCCUGCACCCCUGUCCCCGAUCACCACGGUGUCUCCGUCCCCUUCGCCGCUUGGCCCUCUGGACCUCAGCAGCUCUCCCUCCAGCAGCAGCGGCGAGGAAGAGGAGGAUGGCGGACGUACUUCAGAUCCUCCCAGCCCGGAUGUCAUCCAGCACGUCUACCACUGCCUGCAGUGCAGCAAGAGCUACGCCAGCCUCUCGACUCUGUCCCAUCACCAGAAGUCCCACUGUCCUCCUCCUCUUCCGCAGCAGAAGACACCUUCUCUGCCCGUUGAAGUCUCUGCACGUCCAGCCUUCCACUGCAAACACUGCCCCAAGGAGUACACCAGCCUGGGAGCCCUGAAGAUGCACAUUCGCUCACACACUCUGCCCUGCGUGUGCCUCACCUGCGGCAAAGCCUUCUCCCGACCAUGGCUGCUCAGAGGUCACAUCCGCACACAUACAGGUGAGCGCCCCUUCGCUUGUCAACACUGUAACCGGGCCUUUGCGGAUCGCUCCAACCUGCGCGCCCACCUGCAGACCCACUCUGAAGUGAAGAAGUACCAGUGUGGCUCCUGCUCGCGGACCUUCAGCCGCAUGUCCCUGCUGCACAAACACACCGCCUCUGGAUGCUGCCCUGCCUCAUAGACUUCCCUGAAAUGCGCUCAUGAGCCAGUUGAAGCUGGUUCAGUCACCCUAACUGAUUAGAGCCAACACACCCAGAGGACCGUGGACGUCACAGCCAAUUACAGGACAGAAAACUGGAGUUCUGUUGCUUUUAUAAAAAGACUUCUUAAGUGCCUUUUUCUAAGACUCUGUAGGUAGAUUUUUUUGUCAUAUUUGCUGCGUCCUCUAUGUCAACUGUGUGUGUAUGUGUGUGUGAUUCGAGGGCAGCUGGACAUCCAGUUAAUUCCCAGGAAGCUCCAUCGGUGCCGGCCGGUCCGGGACUCUGGCCAUGUUGCAGCUGCUGGGGUGUGUGUAUGUGGGGAUGUCAUUCCUCACCAUACUAUACAUACAUGGCAUGUGUGUGUAUGAGCAAUACAAGUGUGUGUGUUGAGACAGCUGUCUGUGUAUGGUGCACUGUGAAGGCAGGGCGCUGAGAGACGUGUUAGCUGUGACCUCGGCGACAGGUGACCCUCCGCUCGCCCCUCCUCGCGGCCACAAACACUUUCCACUCAUUGUGUGUUACGGUGUGUGAAAGGACCACUUAAACUUGACCAAAAAAAAACCCCAAAUAUUGUCAUUUUACAGUCUAAAUUACAUUUAUUUAGACAUGUUUUUUGGGAAGUUUUGACCUACAGUUUUUAAGAAAUAUUUUGUUGAACAUUUCAAAUGGGAAUACUGUAUCUUUUUCUGUUACAUGUAAAUAAAAGCUUUGUUAAAAAAA